AUGUUCGACUUGAUAGCUUCAAUUUGCAGGAAAUCUUUGAGUGAAGCACUUAAGCGUAGAGCUAAAUUGACUGGAAGAUUAAGAAAUUGCCCUCCUUCAUCCAAAACCAAGUCAUCAACUGUGUGUUUUACUUUUACAGGUGGUGGUGGAAGAAACCUAUUGUCUAGUAAUCUAAAUAGGUCACUUCUUGGACGACACUAUUCUGUAUUUCUACAUUUUACAAUUUGAAGCAAGUACUGGCUCUCAUGCACAAGUUCUGAA